AUGAGCUCUUCAAAAUUGACCUUCCACGACCCUCACUUUGACGAUUCCUUGCACUAUGGUGCGUCUGGAAUCGAGAAGUCUGUAUCUCCGUGUGAAAUGCCCGCCGCCGUGCCUAUGCUACGACCCCGUAUGCAAGGCUUGACGUCUGUGCUUCAAGAGGAGCUCGAUUUGCGGCUAGCUUCCGCUGAUAAUCCAUCCGUAGUCAUGGAGCUCGAUCUCAAUUGCAACGUGCGGUAUGUAAGUAAAAACUGGACGUCACUUGUAGGAACCUCCAUUCGCAAAAUCCUCAACAAACCCAUUCAAAACAUUCUCAUAGGAAAGACCGAUACAGAUUUAAGAGUGUUCAAUGAUGCAGUGGAGAAGAUGAUGUAUGACAAUGCCUCUUACAAAGUCAAAUUUGUCACUGCGACAAAUCGCAUGAACGAAGCCUCACCAAAUGAUGAAGCAGAUGAAAUGAACGUCGACCAAGAGGAGAUCUUCGAUCCAAGUGAUCCUUUUGGACUGGAAGCUAGCACAAGGCAACAGUCACCCUCUGCAUCUGAUACAAGCUCUAAACUCUCGAAUGAUGGUGAAAUGAUUGAGUUAGAAGCUCAAGGAAUUCUUAUACAUGACCCUUCGACCAAGAUCCCUACCCACUCUAUUUGGACCAUAAGACCCUUUGUCAGAAUCGAGCUAGAUUUAAAUAUUCCCGAUGCUUUGGUUGACCUCCUUGGAUUCGGACUGGAAUUAUUCGAAGGAUAUUUACUCAGCCUUCAAGAAGCAGGUAUCAUUGAUGAGGGUUCUGUUCCCGAACCCAAACUGAUUCUUUGCCGCAUUUGUGAAACCAGCAUUCCAGCGUGGUUCAUCGAAAAGCAUAAUAGCUUGUGUCUCUUAGAACACAAGGUGGAUGAGGAUUUACAAUUGUGUCAUGAUGCCAUUGCUGAUCAUCGAGAUUUACUUCUUCGCAUCGCAGACUCUUUAUGGAAUGAUCAAAUGGAGGCACUGCGUGGAACACCUCUGUCGAACUCGUCCACCAGCUCACUCGGCUCGAACUCUAGCAAUUCCAUCCAUGCUUACAAAGGUAUACAAUUGCCAACUAUGAGUGCUGAAGCUUCUCUAGUUCAGGGGUCUUCAAAGAUUUCCUCUAUUCAAAAUAUUAGAAACACGCGCAAAUUUCCAUUUGGGAUCCUUCAAAAGCUAGUGGACCAUUGUGAAGAGGCUCUUUCGCUCAAUCCCGCAGAGAAACGAGAGGACACUGACAAUUUUGCUUUUUCGCCGAACACUGCAAGCAGUAUCGAUGCAUGUUUGAAUUGGACAACUUUAGAAACGUCUGAUCUAGCUAUUGCAGCUAUGGUCAACGACACAAAAUUGCUUGUCAUAGACAAAGUCGAAAAUCUUACCAGACUCAUUUCAAUCGUGCAGUACACCGAUAAAAUCAAGCAAGAGGUGGAUGCGUACGUUCUCGAAGCAGUUCAGGACACAAUUGAGAAGAUUCGCGAAAAGACGAGGGAGCAAGAAAUCCCAGAGCAUAAACAAAGAACCCUGUUGAAUUCGAGCAGAUCUAGAACUAAUUCGCUCCUGGCCCCCGCUGUAUCGGUGAGUAAUUUCUCCAAGUUUGAUGACCGAGAUCUGCCAGUGCGACCAAUCUCUCCAUUGAAGAACAGCAUUUCCCCGACUAUCACUCCGAUGCAACCACCAGUAUUGAGAUCGCCGCAACCGUUCAGGGUUAGAAGUCCGAACAAUCCUAUUCUCUCAGAUGUCACUUCAAACCUGCCUCUCAAGUCUAUCACUCCAAAAGACAUCCUUCGAGACAUUCCGGAUUUUAGCAGGAGUCGGUCUUCUAUAUCCCCCAACACCACUUUGUCUGCUACAGCACGUCUACCAUCAAGAGAUUUAGUUGACGCUUUGAACGAUUUGGGAGUCUCGAACAAAUCAUCAGAAUCCCUGCUCAAUUCUCCACGCCGGCACUUGUCUCCAGCACCAUAUGUGGAAAAACAUAGCUUCUCCACUUUGCAAAGAAACACGAAUGCGAGUCUUCGCCCUGAUCUGAAUCUGCUCUUAUCUCCUCGGUACAGCAUGGUACCAAUGGACAAAUCCGAUCAACUAUUAAGCCCAGAAAUGGCACCAAUCAAUUUGAAACGCAAUGGAUCUUCUUCGUCGUUGGUACUUCCUGCACUGGCAUUACCUCUCAAUUUGCAGCAUUUGCAGCCCGUGGCCUGUAAUAGUCCUUCCAAUAAUCCUCAGCGUGGCUCCUUUUCCUCAAUCAAGCCUCCAUUAUCACCCCUCUUGGUGCUGCUGACUCCGGCUCAAAAGUCUGUCUCUACAGGAAUCAAAGAUUUCGAAAUCAUCAAGGCUAUAAGCAAAGGUGCAUUUGGAUCUGUAUUCCUUGCUAAAAGAAGGCUCACGGGAGAGUAUGUGGCCAUAAAAUGCUUGAAGAAAACAGAUAUGAUUGUCAAAAAUCAAGUACUUAAUGUGAAAUCUGAGAGAGCGGUUCUUAUGAAGCAAAGUGAUUCUCCAUACGUUGCUCAAUUAUACAGCAGUUUCCAAACAAAAGACUACUUAUACCUAGUCAUGGAGUAUCUCAAUGGUGGUGAUUGUGCAGCACUUCUUAAAAUGCUAGGUACACUUGAUGAGAAAUGGACUAGAAGGUAUAUCGCAGAGAUUAUAGUCGGUGUUGACGAUUUGCACAAACGUGAUAUAAUCCACAGAGAUUUGAAGCCAGACAACAUUUUGAUUGACAGCAAGGGUCAUCUUAAACUCACCGACUUUGGUCUAUCCAAAAUGGGUGUCAUUGGGCGACACACCAUGAGACACCGGAAAAGCAGUGCCUCUGAACACGCGAUUGAGUUUUUCAGAAAGCAUAAUUUAUCAAGCAACAUUGGACAAAGUCCACUUGUCACAGGCCUGAUUGAUUCUCCUGAUUUGGGCCCAUAUCAUAAACGAACUUCGUCCGUUACACCAUUCUCGCUCUCUCCAUCAACAGAAAUUCAUCGCCCCCAAUUUUUGGCCCAAACCACAUCGAGUUCGCUUUCAUCACACGAACUGAUGCCAAGUACAACCAUUAAUAAGAAGAGAACUCGCUCUCAUCAUUUCCGCCACGCAAGCACCAGGUCAGAUUCAGCUAGUAGUGGGGUAGAUUCGCCUAGUUUAAAGGCGACAUUGCCUCGAACCUCUUCAGAUUCGUCAUUUGCAAUAGUUGACGAUGAAUUUACGGUCAGUCCUAUACAAAAUGAGGAAUCUAUUCACUCGUAUGCUUUAUUCGAUCCAAAUAAGGACAGCGACAACAUGAAGACGUUCGUUGGCACUCCAGACUAUUUGGCGCCUGAAACCAUUGCUGGCGAGGAACAAGGUGAGUGGUCCGAUUGGUGGUCGUUAGGAUGCAUUCUUUUCGAAUUUUUGUAUGGCUACCCACCGUUUCAUGAUGACACUCCUGACAAAGUAUUUCAAAAUAUUUUGAGUGGCGAUAUUAAUUGGCCACCUCUAAACGAAGAAGAAGACGCAAAAAUCUGCCCACCACUGGCAAAAGAUCUCAUAAAUAAGCUUUUGACUUUAGAUCCAGAGCUAAGACUUGGAUACAAUGGUGCCGAAGAAAUCAAAAAACAUCCUUUUUUCGAAGGUUUAGAGUGGGACAAAUUGUACGCUGAAGAGACCGACUCUUUUGUUCCAAUGAUUGAUGAUCCAGAGUCUACCGAUUAUUUUGAUCUUAGAGGUGCUGAUAUGUCACAGUUCCCCAAAGACGACUCAGAUGAAGACAAGGAACCACAGUCGGCACAAGAUGUAGGAUCUGCCAAUUUGUAUGGCAUUCCUCAAAAUUUCCAAUCUUUGCCUACCACGCCAGUCAUAAGUAAAAGGGAAAGACGGGGCUCAAAACUCGUUGAUCCGAGCGAGUUUGGUUCUUUCCAUUUCAGGAACCUCAACGUCCUUGAAAAACAAAACAAAGAUGUCAUCAAUAGACUUAAAUCAGAGCAUUUGGAACAUCGCAAUAGCAUGUCAUCCUCUUCAUCCGAGUCUACACCUGGAGGAUACACAAAGUCUCGAGGCCUGUCAAUUUCGUCUAACAAAGUCAGUCUUGGAAGUCCAUUCAAGCGACCAGUAUCACCGGUGACAUCGUACAACCAAUCUCCAAAUAAGGAAAAGGGCUAUUUCCAUAUCCAACCAAAACGGGAAGGCUCUGGAUCAGCAAGUAGCUCAUUUGGAAGCACUGGUGGGACUGGCACUAGUACUGGAAAUCUGGAGGGUAGGCAAAGAUCUCUGGUUCCUUCUCUAUCGAAACAGCUUUUCCAAAAGAACGUCGGUGAAGCCUUGUACUCGCCUUCUAGUUCCGACAACGAAGACAGUUCUUCAGCAUUAUCCAGAGUCAAACAACGUCGUGAAAGUAUGAGAAAAAAUAGCAUUUCUGGGAUGACCAUGACUAAUUCGCCUUCGCAAUUCUCUCAGAACCAAGCAGUGGACACAUAUUCAGAGCUCGAUGUACUAUAUUGUGAGCCUAUCCCAAUUGUGCGACAAUCUGUUGCAAAGCUCAUUGAGAGAUGUGGUUGUAUUGUUCUUGCCAUUUCUGACGGCGACGAUUUGAUCCGUAGAGCUACAAGCAAAGUGAAGUUUGAUCUUAUCUUCACAGCUUUGAGACUUCCAAAAGUCGAGGCAGUGGAUGCUGUAAAAUUGAUCAAGUACACAAGUGGAGUCAAUUCACAAACACCAAUUAUAGCUCUCACUGGAUUUGCCAAGGAAGCUCAGGAACUGGGCGCUUUCGACGAUGUCGUAGAGAAGCCAAUUGACGAAAGCAUGAUACGAAGCAUUAUUCACAAAUUCUCAUGCGAUGAUACUGCUGUUGAAUGGGAGUCGGAAGAUUAG